ACAUGGCAAACAAAGAAGGCUCUGCGCCGUCGAGUCGCGAGCGGCCUGCAGCCAUCACGACCCCGACUGCUCCCACGAGCAACGGCAACGGACAUCUCGAACUCGAUGAUAUGCCCUCGUCGCCCAUCCACCCCAUCCAGGAGGACUUGAUGGCCCUGGCCAGACUGGGUGAACUGCGAUCCAUACAGAAACUCUUCGACAGCGGCAAGGCAUCGGCAACAUCGGCAGAUCCCCAAGGCAUCACAGCCUUGCAUAUGCGCCAGACAGCAGGAGCGCUGACAAAACACCACAGUNGGGCUGCUAUCAACGGACACUACGCUCUCUGCCACUAUCUCAUCGAAGCCGGCGCAAACGUCAACGCAAAAGGCGGUGACGCCGAGGCAACCCCUGUGCUAUGGGCUUCUAAGCGCUGCCAUCUGGAUGUCGUCAAUCUCCUUCUCCAACAGGGCGCAGACCCUCUCUUGACCGACGACCAAGGAUACAACCUAUUACAUUCGGCCACUCUGGACGGGAAUGUCUUCCAGCUUAUCCUUCUCCUGCACCAGGCAGACGUGCCUGUCGACAUUCCCGACUCGCAGGGACACACCAGUCUCAUGUGGGCUGCUUACAAGGGUUUCCCGGCCUGCCUGGAUGUUCUUCUGAAAUGGGGUGCCGAUGUGCACGCAAGAGAUGAGCUGGGCUUUACCGCACUACACUGGGCUCUGGUCAAGGGCAGCUACAACUGCAUCCAAAAACUCCUCGAAUAUGGUGCCGACCGAUUCGUCGCAAACAAUGACGGCAAGACGCCCGAAGUCACUGCAAAAGAGAUGAACUCGACGAGGCAAUGGCAUCGCGCCCUCUCGGAUAGUGGCUUCGAUCCCUCUGGAAACCCUCGCAACUUCNCCCUGGCUUUUGUCAAGGACUCANAAAAGUUCUUAGAAAGAUUCUUCUUUUGCUGGCCAUUGUUUGUUAUUGGUGUCACCUUGUACAUUCUUUCUAUCAUGCCGGUAUACUUUGGCCUACCCAUCUCUAUGAUUACGUCGUACCUUUUGCAGUUGGCAUCGCAGAAGUUGUUGAAAUGGGCGCCGAGCGAUAUGAAUCAUAUGCAUAAAACGCCAUUCUUGGCUGGAGUUUUCGCAGCGACUCUUGCGUGGGUGGGCAUCAGAUACAUUACUCACAUUCUUCCCAGUAGGACCUUCAUCAAUGUACCCUUCUCUGCAUCCGCUAACGAUUUGCAGCUANCCUUUUCGAGUCAUUUCUUCCUUAACCUGUUUUUCGUGGCCUCGUUUGGCCUUUGUGCAUAUUACUACUUUACAGCCAUGCUCAUGGAUCCUGGCUAUAUUCCUCGCUCGGCAUCUCGCGGACAGCAGAAAGCGACCAUUGAGGAGCUCAUUGGUGCAAAAGCAUUUGAUGAGCAGCAUUUCUGCACAAUGUGUUUGAUCAGAAAACCACUACGGAGCAAGCACUGCAGGCGGUGCAAUCGUUGUGUAGCCAGACAUGAUCACCAUUGCCCUUGGCUUAACAACUGUGUGGGCGUCAACAACCACAGAGCCUUUGUCCUCUACAUAAUCUUCUUGCUCACCGGCAUCGCUUUCCUCAUCCAACUCACACUAGCAUACCUCACCCUACUCCCCACACCACCACCAUCAUCCAUCCACUGCGAAGUCCUAAAAGCAGAAUUCUGCGCCCAAUGGUCCAAAGACCCAUUUACACUGCUCGUCAACGGCUGGGGCAGUAUCCAAAUGACCUGGACGAUUAUGCUCCUCUUUGUCCAACUUACGCAAAUUGCCCGCGCAAUGACGACCUGGGAAGCUAUGCGUAAUAGUCAUGCUGGCCCUCUAGUUACCGCUCUCGCUACGGGCUCUACCUCGCAACAAGGCGGCGGCAUUGGAGCUUCGGGCGGUGGCCCUGCAACAGGCACGUCCCGCGCCACCACCAGCAAGGAAUCUUGCUUUGGACAGUGGAAACGUCUGUUGGGCGUUGAUACCUUUGUCGCUACCGCGCUCCACGGCUCCCGUGCCCAAGAAGUGCUUGCACAGCGACGGGAGAAUCCGUUUACCAAGGGCGUCAUGCGCAAUUGUGCGGACUUUUGGUGUGAUGGUGAGGGAGGGNGUGUGGGGUCAAUGUUUGGGGGCAAAGAGAAGGGGAUGGGGGUGUUGNGGGGUGUCAAGGUGGAUUAUCGGAGGUUGUUUGACUUGCCGAGGGGUGCUGAGGAGGUG